AUGGCCUCAACCUAUUCAAGCAAGUAUGUGACGGACAUACCGUUGAAAAGACCACGUGAAACUUUUGUUGAUGAUCCGCACUCGCUCGACGAGGUCUCUUUGAAUGAGUUAGAGUUUGACUUGGCCAAUGACAUCAAAGACAUCAAUCGACUCCAGAUAUUCCAUGCCAUAGCCAUCUUCCAUGCCACGCUCCAGGACUUGAUCAAGCUCAGCGCGCAUGCGGAUUUGUUGUGCAAAUUUCGCCAGGAGCAACUCGACUCCUACAAUAUUGAUGUCACCGACUUGUCCUUCUCUGCGACUUCAAACGUUGAAGAACCUCUGCUUCCCUCGGACGCUCUAGCAGUAGACUUUUCCGAUGCAGGCGUGGCCCUUGCAGACCCAGACUCCUAUGUUUCGCUCUCUGAAGCAGCUAAGAUCGGCCUUGAUGCCUCGGCUCUUUCCCCUCUACGACAAAGCAGCGAUGCAGACAUGUCCGAUGCAGUAACUCCAAACGGCGACGAAGUCGAUGUUGCGCAUGAAGAGUUUAUUUCGACGGAAUCGCUCAUUCAGUCCACGUCUUUGGACCAAGUCGCUGACCCUAUUACUUGCCACAGCAACGAAAGGGUUAAAAGCGAAGCGUUAUUCUACCUUCGCCCGAACAUUCAGCAACAAAGUGAGCAUCUUUUGAAGGUGUUCAGCUUGGCUAAGGAACCUAGUGUUUCUAUCAAGGACUUUCUUCUUCGCAUCAACAAGUAUUCACCUUCUGUUUCCAUCUCGGUGUACAUUCACUGUGCUUAUAUGCUUUUCAAGCUUUGUGCUCUCUAUGGCGCCAUUCCCUUGACUCCUCUUAAUGUUUAUCGGCUCAUUGCAGCUCUGAUAAGAUGUCUGACUAAGAAAUUGGAAGACAUUUAUCAGAAGCAAAGGAGCUUUGCCCAAGUUGUGGGCGUAGACCUCAAGGACUUAUGCAAGUUCGAAAUCAGCUUCCUCUACUUGUGCAACUUUAAGCUUAUUGUCAGCGAGUAUAUUCUCAACCACUUUCUUACCAAAAACUUUCUAGCAUUGCGCAGUUUUUGCAAAAAACACUUCCCUGAAAGCUCUGCAGAGCAUAACGAAAACGCUACGAAUUGA